AGUUUUUCAAACUUUAAGUAGUAGCAGUUUCUUCGAGAUGAGAGUGGUAUUCCUUUGUUUUGCAGUUCUACUUUUGCUGGUUAACGAUGCAGUAGCACAGCAACAUGAUCCACCUGUGAGCGGUUUUCCAAAAAGUGCUUUGACACCCCAGAAUGUCACAUCCAAGAGCGAAUCUUUGCAAAAAGAUUCUUCCAAGAAAGAUACAAUGAAGAGCGAUUCUUCUGUGCUUUUAAAAGAACCAUCUAAAAAAGACUUGACGCACAAUGAUUUUACUAUUCCCAAAAACGAUUUAACGAUCAGUAAAUCUCCUAGAAGUGAUUGGAAAUAUUCACGUGUGAGAGACUUACCCCUAGAAGAUGAUCCGAAUGCUGAUUUGACACCCCAAAAUGUUUUACCCAAGAUUGAAUCUCUGGAAAAAGAACCUCCCACAAAAGCUAUGAUAAGUAGCGAUUCUUCUUUGCUUUUAAAAGAACCAUCUAAGAAAAUCUUGACGCAUAAUGACUCUAUAUUACCCAAGAACGAUUCAACGAAAAGUAAUUCAUCUAAGAGUGAUUCUUGGAAAUAUUCAAGUGUGAGCGAUUUACCCCUAGAAGAUGAUCCGAAUGUUGACUUGACACGCCAGAAUGACUUACCCAAGAGCGAAUCUCUGCAAAAAGAUUCUUCCAAGAAUGAUAUGAUGGGGAGCGAUUCUUCAGUGCCUUUGAUAGAACCAUCUAAGGAAGCCUUGACGCACAAUGGUUUAAUUUUCCCCAAGAACGAUUCACCGAUAAGUAAUUCUCCUAAAAGUGGUUUGAAAUAUUCACGUGUUGACGACUUACCGCUAGAAGAUGAUCCGAAUAGAGAUUCCUUGCUGAAUGGUACAUCGGCAAAUGGUUCUCUAAAAAAAGAUCCUGCGUUGAACAACAAAACCAAAUCGGAUUUCUUACUAGUAGUUCCAAGUGAAAGUAGUAUAGAAAAUGACCUGGACAAUGAUGUCCCUUUAACUGAACAACUUUUAUCACCAACUUCUGAGACAGUCAAGGCGUUCAAAAUGAGGUUGCUGGAAGAGCACUCUAAAACGGAGCAUUUACAGAAUCAGUCAGGAAACUUACUAAAGGAAAUUCUAGUUAGCAAUUCUGUAGUCCUUAAAGUUCAAGAGCUAAGCCAUAAUUUGGUGGGAGAGAUGAAUGAAGUGAAUCGCAAGCUGCUGGAGAUUCAUUUGCAGUUGGAAAAUGUCCAAAAGCAGUUGAAGAGGUGCCAGGGAAGACUCACUGGUGAUGUUCUACUCCAGAUUGCCGAUCACGAGUCCAAUAGGUUGGUCAAGGAGGAGCGGGAGCCCAUCAUCAGGUAUAGCCAUCGGAAUAGGUACCUAAAAUUGCUAAGGGAUCUGCGGCGAAAGGUCAAGACCGAAAUCCAGAAAAUCACCCGACUAGUUGAGGAUACAACCACAACCAUGAAGCCCACUCCGGGGAUGUUCCCAACUCUACCUUGGUGAUAGUCAUUGUAAAAACGUAGUUUUUAUUCAAAUACAAAUGCAAAAAAAAAACAAACACAUACCGAUAUUACU